UCUCUCAUCUGUUAUCUCCCUCUCCUGGCAGUUUGCUUUGCUCUAUUAUGUUCUACCGUACUUAAUCUUUCUUUUUCCUCAUCUUCUGGUAAUGGACACACGACAGUUAUUCUUUUUCCUCCAUUCACAGUCUCCACCCAUUAUGUUCUGCGGGAGUAGCUAUUCCUCUUAGCUCAAAUUUGAGUGUUUUUCUUUUUUUGAAUUCUCAAUUUUUUAUUUUUGUUUUCCAAUCUGUUUCCUCUAAAAGUCUGAAUCUUUUGUUUGAAUUCUGAACUUUCAACGGGUUCUCAAGGAAAAUUCGUUACUGGGUGUCCGUUAUCUAAUUUUUAUUUCAUAAUCACAAAAUCAACAACCAUGUCCCUGUUCCUAAAAUCUCUGCCUUUGAUGACCUCCCGCACCAGACCAUCUUUAGUUUUUCUAUGCAGAGUUUCCAACACAGGUAUAUUGCCACUUUCCAGAACCAGAACAGUGUUUUCCGUUUCUGCCUCCACAACCCCUUCAACACAGCCGCUUCCUUCUGCUUCUGAAAUACUCACUUCCAAUGCUAAGCCACCUUUGGCCCUCACUGAAUCCCUUGAGUGGAUCAACAGGACUGCAUUAUGUGGUGAAUUGUCUUCAAAUGAUGUGGGAAAAAGGGUCCAGCUUUGUGGUUGGGUUGCCCUUCACAGAGUCCAUGGUGGCCUCACAUUUCUUAAUCUCAGAGACCACAGUGGAAUUGUUCAGGUAACAACCCUUCCAGAUGAAUUUCCAGAUGCACAUUCUGCUAUCAAUGACCUGAGGCUUGAGUACGUGAUUGCCAUUGACGGUGUUGUCAGGUCUAGGCCAAGCGAGUCAAUCAACAAGAAGAUGAAAACAAGUUCCAUCGAGGUUGCUGCUCGUAGAGUUCAAGUGCUAAACUCUGUAAAUUCAAAGUUACCAUUCUUGGUUACUACGGCAGAUGAUGCAAAAGAUUCUCUUAAAGAAGAAAUCCGUUUGAGAUACCGGUGUCUUGACCUGAGGCGGCAACAAAUGAAUUUCAACAUAUUGCUGCGACAUAAAGUAGUUAAACUCAUUCGAAGAUAUUUAGAAGAUGUUCAUGGUUUUGUGGAGAUUGAAACUCCAAUACUGUCUAGAUCCACUCCAGAAGGUGCCCGGGAUUAUUUAGUUCCAUCAAGAAUCCAGCCAGGAACAUUCUAUGCCUUGCCACAAAGUCCUCAGCUAUUUAAGCAAAUGCUAAUGGUAGCUGGUUUUGAUAAAUAUUAUCAGGUUGCAAGAUGUUUUCGUGAUGAAGAUUUAAGAGCUGACAGACAACCUGAGUUCACACAGCUAGAUAUGGAAAUGGCCUUUACUCCUUACGAGGAUAUGUUGAAACUUAAUGAAGAACUCAUUAGAAAGGUUAGGCUAUACUAUUUGUAAUGAGACCUCUGUAACAACGGCUUAUAAAAUAUUUUGAAACUUGGGACUUAUCGUUAUUUGAGGUGGAAAUUUCGAGCAGAGUAAUAAGGU